AUGGCACUGCCCCUGUCUGUUCCCUUCUCCGCCAUGGAGCUUCUCCUGGCUACUUCCAUCUUCUGCCUGGUGUUCUGGGUGAUCAGAGCCUUUAGGCCCCAGGUCUCCACCAAAGGCCUGAAGAGUCCACCGGGGCCCUGGGGCUGGCCCCUGAUCGGGCAUGUGUUCACCCUGGGGAAGAACCCACACCUGACGCUGGCCAAGCUGAGCCAGCACUAUGGAGAUGUGAUGCAGAUCCGAAUUGGCUCCACACCGGUGGUGGUGCUGAGUGGCCUGGACACCAUCCGGCAGGCCCUAGUGAAACAGGGGGACGAUUUCAAGGGCCGACCCAACCUCUACAGCUUCAGCCUUAUUACAAAUGGCAAGAGCAUGACCUUCAACCCAGACAGUGGGCCGGUGUGGGCUGCCCGCCGACGCCUGGCUCUAGACGCCCUCAAGAGUUUCUCCAUAGCCUCAGACCCGGUUUCCACAGCCUCUUGCUACUUGGAGGACCACGUGAGCAGGCAGGCUGAGUCCCUAGUCAGCAAGUUCCAGGAACUGAUGGCAGAGGCUGGGCACUUUGACCCCUAUGACCAUGUGGUAGGGUCAGUGGCCAACGUCAUCGGUGCCAUGUGCUUUGGGAAAAACUUCCCCCAGACCAAUGAGAUGCUGAACAUUGUGAAGAUCAGCAGGGACUUCGUGGAGAAUGCCACCUCUGGGAAUCCUGUGGACUUCUUCCCCAUCCUCCGCUACCUGCCCAACCCUGCCCUGCAGAGGUUUAAGAACUUCAACCAGAACUUCCUGGUAUUCCUGCAGAAAACAGUCCAGAAGCACUACCAGUACUUUGACAAGAACACUGUCCAAGAUAUCACCAGUGCCCUGUUCAAGCACAGCCAGAAGAAUUCCACAGCCAAUGGUGGCCUCAUCCCCCAGGAGAAGAUAGUCAACAUUGUCAAUGACAUCUUUGGAGCCGGGUUUGACACAGUCACAACAGCUGUCUCCUGGAGCCUUAUGUACCUUGUGACAAGGCCUGAGGUACAGAGGAAGAUCCACAAGGAGCUGGACACGGUGAUUGGCCGGGAGCGGAGGCCUCGGCUCUCUGACAGACCCCAGCUGCCCUAUCUGGAGGCCUUCAUCCUGGAGCUCUUCCGACACACCUCCUUCGUCCCCUUCACCAUUCCCCACAGCACGACAAGGGACACCACACUGAAAGGCUUCCACAUUCCCAAGGAACGCUGCAUCUUCAUAAACCAGUGGCAGGUCAACCAUGACCAGUGAACAUGGGGGGACCCCUCUGAGUUCCGCCCAGAGCGAUUUCUUACGGCCAACGACACAGCCAUAAACAAAACCUUAAGUGAAAAGACCAUGCUGUUCGGCUUGGGCAAACGCCGGUGCAUAGGGGAGACCCCAGCCAAGUGGGAGGUCUUCCUCUUCCUGGCCAUCCUGUUGCAUCAGCUGGAGUUCAGCGUGCCACCAGGCACGAAGGUGGACCUGACCCCCAUCUACGGGCUGACCAUGAAACAUGCCCGCUGCCAGCACUUCCAGGCACGGCUGCGCCUCUCCAAGUGA